UUGGCAGGGGCUUGUUCUUGGCUGCAAUGGGUCACGAUCGUGCUUUCUCAGGGGUGGUGGGACCCCACUCUUUCCAGCCUCAUGCCCACAGGCCUGGGCCGUGCUCCCUGGAUCUGGAUCUGGCCAAGUGGGUGAAGGCUAAGGCUGGUCAGGGUUGAACCUCUGCCAUCCCCCCUUCCCAGGCUGGGGACCAGGCCAGGCCUGGCCCAGUGACUCAUGGAUCGGGCGAAGCAGUUGGGAAAUACCAGGCAGAGGGCAGGCCUUGGCUGCAGCUGUUAGCCCUCCCGGGGUGGUGGCCUGCCUCUGUCUCUCCAGGGGCAGGUAGCAAAAGUCCCAGUGGUGGGCCAGGCCCUCUGCUGGACACUGGGAAUUCUCCAGGGUAGCUGGAAAUGCCGUGAGUCUGUGCGCUUUGGGACUCCGGGGAUGGAACCAUGGGGGGUGCGCUAAGCCAGGUGUGCUGGCCCCUGACCCUUGGCCCUGCUGACACAGGUGAGGCAGGUGCCAACAUCAUCGAGGUGUCUAAGGAAGCCCGGAAGCGGUUCCUGGGUCCACUGCACCCCUCCUUCAACCUGGUGAAGACUAUCCGGGGUUGCCUGCUGAAGACCCUGCCCGCUGACAGCCACGAGCGUGCCAGUGGGCGCCUGGGCAUCUCCCUGACCCGUGUCUCUGAUGGCGAGAACGUCAUCAUAUCCCACUUCAGCUCCAAGGACGAGCUCAUCCAGGCCAACGUGUGCAGUACCUUCAUUCCCGUGUACUGUGGCCUCAUCCCCCCCUCCCUCCAGGGCGUACGCUAUGUUGAUGGCGGCAUCUCAGACAACCUGCCGCUCUAUGAGCUCAAGAACACCAUCACCGUGUCCCCCUUUUCGGGGGAGAGUGACAUCUGCCCGCAGGACAGCUCCACCAACAUCCAUGAGCUCCGGGUCACCAACACCAGCAUCCAGUUCAACCUGCGUAAUCUGUACCGCCUGUCCAAGGCCUUGUUCCCGCCGGAGCCCACGGUGCUGCGAGAGAUGUGCAAGCAGGGCUAUAGGGAUGGUUUGCGUUUCCUGAGGCGCAACGGUGCGUGCGUAGGGU